AUGCUAAGCAUCAAGGGCAGGGGAUUCAUUGAUAUAAUGUGGGAAUGGGGUCACUCGCACAUUGUCGGUAUUAGCGCAAAGACAUUUCACGAAGAUAUGUUGCGGCAUCUAAACGGCCGUAAUAAUGAUUCGGUGCCUGAAGGAUUUAACCCGGAAACUCGCAUCCUCACGAUACCCCUUUCCCGGCGGAGAGAUCUACUACCAUCACUUCACUCAUUAUGCGACUUCCCCGUCGAGUUAGGGUUCACGCUGGCCACGCUGUGGAAUGAGUUCAAGCCGGCAGUAUUACGUACCAAAACCGAAACGGACUUGCAUCCAACCUGGGCGCCCAUCCGGCCUGGGCGUUACGCGUCGGAGUACCGACACUUUGGCAUAUCUCCCAUCGCCGUACCAAAUAUUGUAGCAGUAUGCCACAUUCACUGGACUACUCUAACGGGCCUACUACAGGCGCUUGCGCACGCCAAUCUCGCAUGCAGAUGCCAAUCUCGCAUGCAGAUCCUCCGACGAGCAAGCGCGCGCGUUCCGGGGGUCUACAAUCGUAACUUGGCGCCUGCCUGUCGCGAAAAGGGCCUGAUGAAGUUCAUCCCUGACUUUCACGCGUUGCUGAAAGAACGGCUGGAGAAGCCCAGAGCCCACUCGGUCGCCGUGUCUAACAUAGGAGUUAUCGACGGCACAGCCCCUUCGUCUCUAAGCGACGGCGAUAAUCCUGUAGAAGGCAACUCGGACGCUUUUGCGGGGGGGAAACGCCAGGUGGUGGUCCAUCGAUCGGUCGAUAUUUUCCAUCGGCUCCGAAGUUCACGGCGUAGCGUUCGGGGCUUGCCUAGUCGCGGCGAAAGACGGAAAACUAUAUGUGUCCUGCGACUGGCAGGGGAGUGUCGUAUCCACGGAGCUGGGGGAAGGGUUGACGGCGGAUUUAGAGUCGAGGCUGAAGUUCUUCGGACGGGAUCAGGCGCGAUGAGUAUUACUUUCUUAUUCUGCGGUCUUCAUAUUGCCAAGGUUACCACUAACUCCGCGGAGUCUACGGUGGAAUAA